AUGAGUGAUCCGCGGAUCCCCCUGCUCUACCAUCGCACCACUCCUCACUGGCAACAAGAACAGCGUAACUCCUUCUGGGCCCUGAACGAGGGCAAAUCGGCUCCUUUUAACACACGGCCGGACAAACUCGAAGCCCACGCUGAAGAGUCGCUCUCCAUCAAUGGCCGACAUUAUGCUCAGAGCAAUGCUGGAAAUAGCUGGACUCACUUGGCGAACCGGCAGGCCUUUUUCCGUCACCGACUAAUUCCGCAUCAACUUGUCGAUGUCAACGAGCGAGAUACUACCACGACCUUGUUUGGCCACAAGAUCUACCAUCCAAGGGGCGAGCUCCCCGUUGCCAAAGUUGCGGGCCAGUUUCGCUUGCCCUAUGCACUUAGCACUGCCGGAUCGAGCACGAUCGAAGACGUUGCUGCCUCGAACGACGAAGGUCGCCAAAUGCCCGAUGCCGUCAACGUGCAAGGCACGGAUAACGAUUCCCCUGUCCGCUUCUUCCAACUCUAUUUGUCCCAUGACGACGAGCUGGCCGUCUCCCUGCUAAGGAGAGCAGUUGCCAAUGGCUUUACAGCAUGUAUCCUCACGACCGAUACCUGGCAGCUUGGCUGGCGACAUGACGACGUCGCAACCUCCAAUUACGCGUUCUACCGCGGGAUUGGCGCGGAUUUAGGCCUCGCGGACCCGAUAUUCCAGAGACGCAUGGAAAAGGCGGGGAUCGAUCCGAAGAAGCAACCCGAGGAGGCAGGUGCGAUGUGGAUUGAUAAAGAUUGGCACGGACGGGCAUUUAGCUGGGAGAAGAUCCCUUGGUUAAUCAAGACGUGGAAGGAGUUGAGUGGUGGGAAGCCGUUCUGUAUCAAAGGAAUUCAGUCCGUCGCCAACGCCCAACAUUGUGUGGACUUGGGUGUGGACGGCAUCGUUGUCUCGAACCACGCGGGCCGCCAAGUCGACGGCGCAAUUGCCAGUCUUGACGCUCUUGAGAACAUUGUCAACGCAGGGAUCGGCGAGAAACUGACCGUCAUGUUUGAUUCGGGCGUAAGAGGUGCUUCGGACGUUAUAAAGGCGUUGUGUUUGGGCGCUAAGUUCGUAUGGGUCGGUCGGAUGUGGAUAUAUGGGUUGAGUAUUAUGGGCGAAGAGGGCGUCCGCCGUGUCAUGAAGUGCCUGCUCGCCAAAUUUGACAUCUCCAUGCUCACGGCUGGAAUACGGAAUGUUGGCGAGAUGCAAAAGGACCGGCUGGAAAGCUAUCCCAAGGGAUAUACGCUGAUUGCAGAGAAGGUCAAGCUUUGA